UAUUAUACAUAUACCAAAUGGAACAUUCACUGCCACUUAUGCAGUUUGUUUGCCUGCAGUCACACAAUUUUAUUGCUGUGAAAUAGUAUUUGGUUUUCUCAUUUAGUUUUGGAAUGUGAUCAGGUCUCAGGCGAAUGAGACGUCGAACGGGGCUUAGAAUCCGGACACUACCCGAGCGACAUGUAGCGGCGGUAAAUCAACGCAAGGACGCUGUUGGUUUAAGGCAGUGCACACAAGCAAAAAGAAAAGACUCUGGAGAAUGUCGUCCAUACUAAGCUGCUUCUGUGUGCAACGUCGACGCACCUUCGUCACGCGCAAGAGGAAUAGCUGUAAGAAAAUUCUGACCAGGAAGUCCGACUGGAGCGACGUGAGCAGCGACCUCUACACGCCACACAGCUCGGACUCGAUACCCCGGGGCCAGGACGAGGACGGUCAGAUACUCGCCAGAUUGUUGGAAAAUCAACACUCGCCACGACGCCGGCAUGUGAGUGACAUAUUCCGCCACGAACCUCCCGCGACGACAACAACGCCAAUCCCGAACCGCAGCGUCUUCAACGGCGGGGCAGAGGACAAUAUGUGCGGCUAUGUUCCAAAAGCUGUGGGUGAGAUGUCAGCCUCUACGGCUUUGACUGGUGCCAAAUUCGAUGACUUCUUUUCUGACUGUCGCCUGUAUCCAGCAUUAGGAAAGUUUGCCAAAUCCACAGACUUAAGUGACCAGUCUGCCAGUUAUUAUACGUUAGACAGAAGUGAAGACAAGUCAUCACUUGUCACGCUGGGCACUGCUAACGUGUACACGACCACACCUACACACGUACAGAUCGAAAUUGGGAGAGUUGAAACGCAGUUUGAUGAUGUCAUCAGAGGUAGUAUGUCGUCAGCGUCUCCCUCUCCUGUUCCGUCACAGGCCGAUAACCUUGAAAACCCACAGCAAUCAUAUGUGUUGGAAAUCGGUACCCCAACCAGAUAUAUGGGUUCUUAUGCAAAAGAUCUGGAGAACAUGUUUGCGUGUGACGGUGAUAUUUUGUACUAAUGCUUCUCCACAUGUCGUUCGGCUACAGUCAGGUGAAUUCAAACCUAAUAUUCUUCGUAGGAGUACAUCUCGAUUUGAAUAUGAACUUUAUUGACGACCCUUCACGCUUAGACAUUUGAUUGAAUUACUGCGUGUAUCUAGUCAGCUAGGCGUCGAGAUGUGACAGCACAUUGUCUUCCGGAUUAAAAUGCGGCUGUCCACACGGGUUCUGGUGGUCAGGCUCGCUGAUUUGGUUGAUACAUGUCAUCGUAUCUCAAUUGCGUGGAUCGAUUUUCACAAUAUCAAUCACUGGAUUGUCUGGUCCAGACUCGAUUAUUUACAGACGUCCGUCACAUAGCUGGAAUAUUGUUGAGUGCGGCGUUAAACAACAAACAAACAUAACAAAAAUCUCGAUGAAGAUCCUAUAAACAGUACCAGUGACAUAACAAAUCCACGUGAAGUAUGGAUAUAGUCUAUACUGUGUUGGAUGACGGUUUUCGGGAGCAAUUGUAAAUAUUGUGUCCUCAUAAUUAUAAAUUUUGAGGUACUCUUCGCCCGGUGGGACAUAUAUUUCACUUAUAUGUGUUUACUUUAAUAAUUAUCUUGUCACAUUGUAAGUCUUUAUUCGUUAAGUUUCUCACUACGACAUUUGUGUAUCGCAUGUCUGUCACUGACACAAGAGUCAGCAGAAUAAUACGUCAUCUGGACAGUUCUUCAAAGACAAAAGGAAUGCAGACAAAAUACCAGACAAUAAUAAUAAUAAUGCUUACAAUGUA